UACAUUUCCCAGCAUGCAUCGCGGCGGCGCGGUGGGGCCUGUGGCGCCGGCCAAGAUGGCGGACGGGGCGCUGAGCCCCGGCGUGAACCUGGAGGCGUUUUCCCAGGCCAUCGCCGCCAUCCAGGCUCUGCGCUCCAGCGUCACCAGGGUCUUCGACUGCCUCAAGGAUGGGAUGCGCAACAAGGAGACCCUGGAGGGCCGCGAGAAGGGUUUCGUGGCCGCCUUCCAGGAGAGCCUGCACUCCGUCAGCCGCGACCUGGGGGAACUGGAGCGUCUGAGCAACCUUGUUGGGAAACCCUCAGAGAACCACCCCCUACACAACAGUGGGCUCCUGAGCCUUGACCCUGUGCAGGACAAAACCCCCCUCUACAGCCAACUUCUCCAGGCCUACAAAUGGUCAAACAAGUUGCAGUACCAUGCUGGGCUGGCAUCUGGCCUUUUGAAUCAGCAGUCUCUGAAACGUUCAGCCAACCAGAUGGGAGUCUCUGCAAAGCGCAGACCAAAAGCCCAGCCAACAACUCUUGUCCUGCCUCCUCAAUACGUUGAUGAUGUGAUCAGUCGGAUUGACAGGAUGUUCCCUGAAAUGUCCAUUCAGCUCUCCCGGCCAAAUGGAAACUCUGCAAUGCUUCUGGUUACCUUAGGAAAAGUGUUAAAAGUGAUCGUGGUGAUGCGGAGCCUCUUCAUUGACAGGACAAUUGUCAAAGGCUACAACGAGAACGUCUACACUGAGGAUGGCAAGCUUGACAUAUGGUCUAAAUCCAACUAUCAAGUUUUUCAGAAGGAGGAGGGACUUACUGGAAUGAAUGUUGUGCCAUGAAGAAGAGAAGACCGAUGAGAGAAUGGCAGCAAUAAAAAUAAAAAUGCUAAGAAGGUUAAAGUGUAUUUUAGAACGAUCUAUAUCUUGCUAUUUUCAAGGAAGGGAAGAUUUCUCUUUGAAGGCCUCUUGUCAGAACGCUGUAAGUUCAGAUUGAUCUGAGUUUAAAUUCCAGUUUCCCUACCCUCAAGCCCCAGCUCAAGGAGCUGCAGUCUCCAGCUGCUGCAGUGGCUCCUUUCAUCUGCAUUUGUAGUUCAUGAAACAAAUGGGGGUCAGGGACUCCAAAGGGCUUAAGAACAGGGGUCAGAAUUGUGGCAUCUUGGCUGUGUUUGUGCAGCUCCCUUCCAAGAUUUCAGAGGCAGUCAAGAGGGGAGAUGUUUGACCCAGGAUAUUACCCUGCUGGAGAUCAAAGGACAGCUUUUGGGGAGCUCAGUUGCUCUCCCUUCUCUGCCUGGCAUUAAAGGGAAUUUUUGCUGCAGUUGAUUCUUUAUCCUGGAGAUUAGUGGUUUAAAUAUUCUAUUAGUAUCAAGUAGGGUAGUAGAGCAGGAAGUAAAACAGCAUUUGCUUAUCAGCCUGCUUUAAAGUGAUUUUUGCAGUGGAAUAAAUAUAAGGUCCAGGAAUGACCUGCAUCAUCUCAAUUUCCUGAUGUGUGUAUUUGGUUGUAUACUCAUUUGGGCAUAAGAUUGUCCUCCUGGCUCUUUUGGUUUAGAAAGGGUAAAUUCAUAUUUCUGAAAUCUGUGUUAAAUGAUAAUAAAUAAUCAGGUUUUGAUGAUAUAAUUGUCUAUAGCAAGAUAACAGACUACAGUAAAUGUCUAGUUUGCUUAGAUGUCCACAUUAAGGACUCAGGGUGCAUAAAUAAGUGGAAUAAAUUUCCCUUCAUGUCCAGGUGAUGCUUUCAGAGCAGAAGCUGGAAGAGAUGAGUGAGAACACAAAAUUCUUGCUGCCUCUGUGGCUGCAGUAUGGAUAAAUGAGAAUCUUUGUUCUCUUCGUAAGUUCCUGUUGUCCAGUUUUCUCUUGAUAAAUACCAAAUUAUUAAUAUUUACCAAAAAAUAAAAACCAACCCAGAAAGACUUCAGGGAAAGGGUGUCCUGUAACCAGCUGAACAAAUGUCUGUGUGGGGGUUUUAUGGUAUUUUAAUAGAUUUUGUUGCUGACUCUGUCACUGUUACCUUGGACACCUUCACCUCUCUUUGGCUGAGUUUCUCACCCCUAAGGUUGGGGUAAUAUUUGCUGACUUCACAAGAGCUCUCACUGAAUUGGUUGCAAAGAGCUCUCAGAUUCUUGCCUGAGAAAUGUGAUAAAAAUGCAAGGUGAUGGCACCUUCUAAUCAAUAGGUGGUGUAGAUUGAGCUGAUAGUUGAAGAAGUUGAGUCUGGGACCUACAUCAAGUUUUCAAACAGGUGAUAGAAGGUGCUGUGGUUCAGCAUAGUAAAUUCUCUGUGGUGCAGUGCUUGGUUUGAUUUCCUCUUUAUUCUCUAAAGCUGCACUUGUGUAUAUUUGUAAUGCCCAGGAGUAGUGAUUUAGCAGCAGCAAAGUGAUGGAAGUAGAUAAAAUAGUGUUACAGAAACUAUUAUACUCUGUUACCAGGGUAGGAUCUGUACUGCAGGAUUUUCUGAACAAAUGUUUUCAUGCCACUAAAAAAUCAUGAGUAAAUGUGUCAGCACAUCUGAAUGUUCUUGAAAUGUGUUUCUCAUGGCAGUCACCAGUAUGGCAAUGUGGAAGAAGGAAAAAUAGGGAUGAGUAACUGCUCCUCCGAUGGAGGAGGCUGGGCUGCCCUUUCUCUGCUGCCUUUAAAUGUAAAAUCCAUCGCCCCUCUGAAGGACAGAGCUGUUCUUCUUUAAAACCUGACUGAAAUCCCAAACUUUGUCUUCAGAGAUAACACAGCAGCAUCUGGAGCUCCCCAGAUCCCUGCCUGGGGGAGCUGCAGGCCUGUCAAAUUCUCCCAGGGUUUCAGCACAACUUUCUAGAUUAAGGACCAGAGACCUCUGAUCUUCAAUCCAACCCUGUCAAACGAAUCUAAAUUUGUCCUGACUUUUUGUUUGCAAACAUUGGCUGUGUCAGCAAGGCUUUUCUCUUUCCUCCUUAUUAGGCAGGAUACCCGAGUGUGUGUGAUUUGAUGGGGGCCAGCUCCUGGAGGGCCCAUUACUGUUCAAGUGUACAGUCAUUUUCCUGAUUUCCUGGAGACUUCCUUAACCUGGUCCUGGGGUGAACAAACCUUAUAGGUGCUCAAUGCCCCAGCAGGGAUAGAUCCAGAGAAUGGAGCUGGGAAAUAAGAGAGGGGAAUGCUGAAAGGGCAGAGGCACAAGGAGCAAACAAAAGGUUUUUCAGGCUUCCAUGUUGGUGUGCCAUUUAAACUCUGCAGGAGCAGCAAAUGUUUUCAUCUUAAACCUCCUUAUUUUAACACUUCGUGCCUCUUGAUCCACUAAUGCAAGAAGAGGAAUAAAACAGGAAAUAAGGAAAGAUUUUGGGGCUUAAAUCCUGGUAUACAUGAAGGCUGCAUAAUUCUAGUCAUUGUGCAAAGGGUUCAAAAUUCUAACUGUAAGGAAUGGUGCAAUGUUCAUAACUUUGCAUUCAAAAAGGAGGGAAGAACAUAGAAUUUUGGAGCUGCUGUGAGUGAAUCAAACUGGGCUAUGGUGUCAAACAGCUGCCCAGUUUAAAGCAGCAUAGCUGGUAUUGCUGGGUACUGUGAUGAGGUUGGCUGUUUAAAUCAUAUGCAAAGGCUUUAUUUAAACCCAUAUAUUUCUUUCUGAUCUCAGAGCCCCAUCCUUAUUUUCACCUAAACAGUCUCCCCAGUUUUAACAAUGCCACAAACUGGUUGUUUUUGCUUGAUCUGCUUCUCCCCAGGGCCCAUUUUAAGCAGAACUUUGAGAAGCUGUUUGUGAGGCGUGUGAUCCCAAAGUGACGGCAUUUUCAGCACCACAAGGGCACAUAAGUAUUGUAAUGUAUGAAGAUGUAUUCUUGUCAAUAAUCUCCGAGUGAGAUCACAUGCAGGAUGAAUGCAUGCAUGAGACAAACCGUGGGCUGUGCUGCUGCUGCUCAAGGAGAGGAGCUGGGCUGUUCCAGGGUCACCUGCACAGCUGCUCCUGGGCAGGCUCAGUCCCUGGCUCUCUUCAAAGACCUCCUUGAGUGAAAUAAAACCUCUGUGACCCAGUCCAAAUAAGCAGAACAAGCAAAAUAAUAACUAAACACUUUGUGAGCUCUGAAAGCAGCUGAUAAAUCCCGUCUUUCAGAGAAGUGUGGUGGUGUUUUCCUGCACUGAGUGGGGAAGGGUGUGUAAAGAUUUGUGUGAGUUCAUCAGUGCCUGUUCCAUCCAUCAUCCUUCCCAGCACCUCCUGGGCAACACAUUCUGUGCUCCACAUUCCCUCCAGAGAGACUCAGAUGCGUUCCUGGAGAGAAGAUUGAGUAAUGGGAAUCCUUGGAAAUGAACAAAGGCAUUCAUGCAAUUUUCCAUGCUAUAAAAGAUCUAAACACUAAUGAAAUAACUUCCUUUUUUUACUUUCCCUUAGUGCUGUGAUCAGCCUCCACAGCUCAUUGCUACAGGCCACUGUUAAGGCCAUGAACUUACAAGGGUUUGGGAAAAAAAAAUUAAAAACCUUCCAGGGGAUUUAAAGAAUCCCUUUAUAUUAGAUGGAGUUGUCAGUGCUGUGCUUGAGGGAAUAAACCAGCAGGGAAAGUUGUGGCUCUUAAAGGAAGUUCUGCACCUACUUUUGAGAAGGAUAUUUCCUGGCAGUGGGCUAAAAUAUAUGGGGAGAGGGAAAGGUUUUUUAAUUCAGUCAUGUGAUGGUUUUUAUUAGGCCAGGUGUAGCUUCAUUCACCUGAUCUGCAGUGGAGCAAAGCUAUCCUUUAGGUCUUUGCUUUUGUGCUGCUUAUCCCAGUUACAGGAAGGACUUGCUCAGCCUUCUCCACCUGUACAUUGUAUAAUUUAAUUUUUGUAAUUGGAUUUUCCAGCUUUAGGAAUGCUGUGUAACCAGUGUCAUCAAAGCCCAAUAAAGCCAUUUCUGGAUGUGUCAUCUUUGGAAAACUCAGUACUGUUCCAAUGCAUUACAACUCUUCCUGUUAAAAAUUGAGUUUCUUUGCCAAAUUUGUUUUUCCCAUGUCACUGAAGCCUAUUUGCCUCAGUCUCCAAGUACUUAGUUAAACAAUGACUAUUUUAUUUAGCAGAAUUUUGCUGCAUGAGAUUGCCUUGCUAUUCCUUUUUUUAGACAAGAAACACGAGUGCUUUUCAAUAGAUGAAUUGUGAAAUAUUGAACUUUUCUGCAAGAUCUCUUGAAAAUCCAUUUCAAGGUCCAGAGCAGAGCUGUCCCAAUCGAUGUGUGCUCCCCUGAAUGUGUUUCCCUAUAAAAAGAAAACAGAGAAAUGAGAAAGUGACUGAUAACUUAGAUAGCAGUAGGUAAAACACAAUGAUAAAAGUGGAGUUAAUAAAAUAAAACCCUGAGAUGUACAAAAUACCAUCCUACACCCAGAAUAAAUUAGUUUCUGAUUCCAGCUUGGCUGGAAGAAAAAGUGUGUCCCUUAAGUGAGCUGGCACAUACGCAGUUUGUUUUGCUUUGCUUUGGUGUGAAAUUGUAUUGCCAUUAGAAAAGCUGGGUAUUGAUCUUUUGGGAUUUGUUCUUUUGCCCCCUCCUCUUUUUUUGGUUUUACCUCUUCCCUGUUAAUCUUGGUCACUUUGUGUUUUCUCUCAUGUUUCCUGGGGGGUAACCAGCAUGGAGCUCUCCCUCACUCCAUGCCCUGGGCAGUUCAUUCAUGGCCCAGCUCUUUUCUGUUCCUUGCUGGGUUGGGAAGGGGAGGGGAGUCAUUCUUUUACUCUUCUUCCUCAAAUUUGACACCCACUUUGAUCUUUUUUAGCUAUCAGCUCUUGUUUAGGGUAGAAAUCGCCUUCUUUUCAUGCAGAAGGCAUUAUUAGUGUUCCAGCAAUGCUGGGAUGGCUUUUAUCUCCCCAAGGAAUCUCAUUAUCUUUACAUUACAAUAGCAACAGCAUAUGGGCAACUUUGCCAAAGUAGCCAGUCAAUUUAAAUUUGUUAAUAGCAGUAUUUUUUAAGCAACUUCCUUGGUGCCAAGAGAAAACAACUUUGUAGUUCAGGAGGAAAAAAAAAACCCAAAACAAACCACAGUUUGUUAGAAGUAGAAAUACAGCAGAAGGAGAACGGCUGCUCAUAAAUAUCUUCAGAACUUCCAAUUCUUUGACUUGUCUGCUACUAUCCUAUAAAAGCACUAUCUCAAAAAAAAAAAAAAUCAGAUAGCUGGUGGGGCUUGGGUUGGCUUCUGAGCACUACAUGAUUUGUGUUUAAAAUAAAUGGCUGGUUUGAGUUAUGCUGUGCUAUUAAUGCACAGUUCAUCACAUUAUUUCUCAUAUUUAUUUUUACUUGGUAACACAGAAAUGGCUAAAACAGGCCGAGGUCCAUUUUGUGAAUAUUUUUGCAAACUCACCAGAAUGUGCAAAGUCCUGAAAGUUUUCCCUUCCAAAUGUCAGAAUCACAUGUGAGUCCCUCUCAUGCUGAAGGGAGCUGGGUGUGUGAGAAUGAUGGGGAGCAGAUCCUGUGUCUAAAAUAGCAGGAAAACUCAGAACUGGAUUCAGACAGACUGAUGUGAUGGAGUGCUCUGUGGAGGAAGUUUGUAUGGUGUGAAUGAGAGCCUGGCUAUACAUGGAUUUAUUCAGGAAUAUAUCUUUGGCAAAACCACCUCCCUGAAUAGCUUCAAGCACGAGUCUUUUCUUCAGUGAAACUUGGAGUGCUCCAGCUCCCGUUGCUGAAUUGGACUUGCAGUUGAACUGCAAAUGAGGAACUGGAGUUAGCUGGGAAUAGCCAUGGGAAUUGCAGUUCUCACUUUCUCUUACUCAAAGUUUGCUGUUGUCUGUAGACUGACCCUGAGAAGAGCUUCACUCCUCCGUGUCAGAACUACAAAAUACAAUUUAAUCACUCCCUAAAAAGUCAUGUAUUUUGUUGGAAGCUUUGACAUUACUGAUGAGGACCACUGAGAUUCAUGAGUUGAAAUCUGUGGAAAAGCUCCUGUGGUUAUGUUGUUGUUUUGAGCUCUUUCUUGUCCAGCCUAAAGAGUUUUUCCAAUAAUAUCUUGCAUUCAGCCUGGAAUUUCUAAGAAGCAGUAAGCUGUUGACUGUGCUGGUAACAUUUCACAGGCUGAAUACUGCUAGAACAUUGUAUCAUAACUGUCAGAAACUGCCCCUUCCAGAAUAAUUUAAUAAAUUGUAGUUAUUU